AUGCAUCCAACUCUGGGCUCGGAUGAGCAUACGAUGCUUAUGUUUGGUAACGCGCCAUCACGAGAAAAGCGAGAGGUGACGGAAGUGUUGGACACAGUUCGUGCUGGCUCUGUCCCAGAUCUGCGUCGAUAUUAUGCUAUCUCGCCUGCCAGCAUGCUUGCUAGGCCUGUUGAGGCCGAGAAUGCCCAGGAGAUCUCCAUAUCGGAAUUGAACCACGAUCCCACAAGUGCUUCCAACAACAUUGCACAUGCUGCUGCUGCGGCCCCAAGCGCCUCCAUCCACGCAUCUGGUCCGGAUCCCAACAAUGGUCUUCUCUUUGAUGAUGAAGCACAUAUGCGCAACAUUCUUGCUGCCCAUCAAUUGCUCGACAACGUUCCAAAUGCUCCCCGGGUUCACUUUCGAUUCAACGUGGCUGGCAUGCUGGUCGACAUGGACACGCAGGGUCAUCCUAUCGAUUGCUACCCCUGCAUCUCGAACAUCGAUGUGGUGUCGUCCGUGGAUGAAAACCUCAACCACCUCAAGCGGACCGCAACCGACGCGCUCACCACUCGCUUCCCCAUCCUAUUCGCAACGAUCGGUGACCGGUCAAAGGCUGUGUUCUAUGUCCUCGCUCAACUUCCGGUACCCAACCAACCCCACACAGUCAUUGAGAAAGACGCUGAGUUGAAAGCCUGGGUACGGAAUUUGGCCAAAACCACGACGAGAUUCCAACCUGUGGUCGAGAAAGAGUAUGGCGUUUCGUUCCCCUACGAUGCCGAGGCUGUCAAGACCAGGAAAGCUGCCAAAAGUAGCAGUGGUGUCAAGAACGAAGACAGUACACACGCUCAGGGCCCAGAUACAGGUUCAGCUUCUGGUGUCAAAGACGCCGCCUCCGCGCCGCAGACUCGGAACGAAGACGGCGCUGACGCUGACGACCGAGAUGCCGGUACAGGUUCCGGUGUCAGAAAGACCCCCGCCGUGCCUCAAACUCACACAGAAGACGGCCCAGACGCCGGCACAGGUACCAAGCACGCCUCCGAUGUCGAAGAAGUUCCCGCCGUACCUCAAACUCAGAAUGCCAUCAACAAAUGUCGAUUUCCUCGCUGCGGUCGUGAGUUGCCCAAUCUCGCACUUCUUCGAACACACAUUUAUAGGUACCACGGUCCCGACGCUGUGAGAGUCAAUGAGUCAAAGCAAUACGAAUGCUGGUGGAAGGGGUGUGUCGGCUUUAGUGAGGAUGGCAAAGCCAGCCCAAAGUUUGCAUUUGCAAGCAUGAUUGAGUGGAUGGACCAUGUCGACGAGGCACAUCUGCAUUAG